AUGGGGCAACGACCAGUCUGCUUCGGACGACAGCGGAAGGAAAGACAGGGACACGUCGCCGAGUCCGACAUAGCGCCGAAAACGAUUCCUUCGGUAGAGAACGGCGAGAGUUCGGGGCACGAGGAGAUGGAGGGGAAGAGGAGAGGCCUUUUCACCUUCUCCAAGAAGAAGGACGAUCCAGAUAAAGAUAAGGUCGACGACUUCGUGGACGAAACGAACGAGGACGACAAGAAGAAGAAAGGGGGGACGAAGAAUAACAAGAACAACGCGAAGAAGGACAAUGAGAAGAAGGGUUUCAGACUCUUCGGCUGGAGGAAGGACGACAAGAAGAACGAGAAGGACGAAGCCCUCGACGAAGGACAUCAACGACCUAGAGAAGACCUUCGACUCCUGGGGAUCGUCGGAAAGAACUCGUGGGGCGACGCUCCUGCAAAGCCCCAGAAGGAGGCGGUGGACGACCUGGAGCUCCUGGAGCCCAUGAGGAAGAGAAAAAACGUCCGAGUGCGAGGUCCGAAGGGCAUGAACGGCGUCGUGGCAGGCGGGACGAGAGGGCAGGACAAAGGAGGGAGCGGGAGCAGCGACGUGGGGUCGACCACGUCAAGAAGGACCUUCAAGUACUCGUGGGAGACGGAGACGGGGCCCAUGGCGCCGAAGCAGCAGGAGGACGAGUGGGAGUACAAAGCGGUUGUGAUCGAGGGCUUCGAUAUAGAGAAGUUUAGGAAAGCGAACGUAAAGGAGCAGGUAUUCGACAGCGCUAGCCUUCCCAAUGCAAUAGGGGACGACUUCACGACACAGGAAAUGAAGUCCCCCCCGUUGCGGUAUGACCAGAACGAGCAACAAAUCCUAGCGAGCAUUGAGCGAGACUUCAUCCACUGAUAGAGAGAACGAGUACAAAGACAUUUUAUUUAGUGAUUUUGGUGGUGUGUGGAUAGUGGUUAGUUGACAAAGAAAAGAGAGAAUAUGAAAAGGAAAAGAAAAAGAAAAAGAAAACUUCUUAAAUACUCAUUUCAAAAACUCGAAGGAAAAGACUAGAAAAAGGUGAUUGAACUUGUGUUAUAAAGGGAUACAGUGAAAGUGGAGUUGCUUGAUAUUCACGAAACGAAGAUAAAGCACAUUACUUUAUUUCGACAAUACUUUUAACAAAGUCCGUGAAAUAGAAAAGGAAAAAAUAAAAAAUGGAGAAAGUGUCAAUAGUGGAAGGAAGCGUUCUCUCUGUGAAUGACAAAUGCAGACUUAACCCAUGCGUGCUUUCUCGGGCUGUAUGGCUGCAUUAAAAAGACACAUAAAAAAUAAUAAUAUAAUAACAGAAGGCAAGAUGACAUUUUUGAGGGAGUGAAAUU